AAAUUUACCAAAUAGUCUAUUUUAGGGAUAAAAUAGUAAAAACAAGGUAUUUCAGAUGUUAACGGUUUGGUCCAACACAAACAAACCAAAGUAUUCAGAGCCUCUGAAAAGUAGAAAAUCAUCAAUGCCUCUUCUCAGAUUUCAGAUGGUUUUAAUAUCUUUUUUAACUUUUCAGACUUCAGAUUUCAGAUUUAUCAAACACCACCUUACACAUAUAUGCACACAUACUCACUUGCUCACUCCGAUUCCUGCUUAUAUAUUUGUUCACCACCUCGGAGAGCUCAGCCAGUAUUGACUUAAACGUCCGAGACCCUUGCCUAGGACAUCCAUUUGGGUUCUCUGAUAUUGUUUUUUCACAGGUCAACCACCAUAGUUGGCAUUCGAUCUCCAAGUUAUCUUCGCCAGUAGGGAUUGCAAACUUUUGAUCAUCAUCAACUUUCAAAGAAUUUCCCUUUUCUCUUCUUUGGUAAAACAUAAAUCCUAUUUCCACCCUCUAAGGGUUAGCAUCAAAAUUCACAAUGGGUGUUUGGCACUAUAGCGUUUCAUAGUUAUUUUGUUUUAUAGGUGUUUUUCGAUGCGUUUCAUUGCACCUGUUUUCUUAGAAAAAAAAAACACAAAAAAUCAUAUUUGACUAGGCAUUUAAAGUGAUUUGGCUUAUGAUAACUAUAUGACAUCUCAAAAAAGAAGUCAGCUUUUUUCAAAUUUUAAUGCAUUAAAUCAACUUGGUGAUUCAAAAAUCGUCAGAAACCCCUCCUUUUUGAAUCCUAAAACUAAUCAUUGCAAAAACAUUUUUUCUGAAAAACAAAUCGCCAAUGAAAAUUUUUCAAUAUUCCAUUUAAUUGCUGAUGUGGCAUGAAUGAUAUAUCAACAAAAACAAACGGAAUGCUUUUGAAACGCUCCGGUGUCAAACACCUACACAUUGAUUUGGAUUAACCUUAAGCUGAUAUUUUGCCGAGACAUAUGUCCAAAUUAUGACCCUUUGAUGGUGGAUCCCGAUCAUCCAAAUGCAGAACAACCCAAGCUUAAAUUGCCUAUAAAGUCUAAGAGAUUAAGACCUGAAACAAGGGACGCUGUCCGGUCUAUAAAAAGGACAAGGAUCAAGGAUGACCCAUCUGGAUUCUGCAUACUCUGUCCCAACAUACUCGAGUCAUUGAUUGAUCAUUUUGGUCCCAUAGUAGGGGAAGUAAAUUAUGACCGUUGCCCACACCCUGCCUCCCAUUUGUUCGCUUUUGGCUGCUAUAAUAAUUUUCAAAAUUUAAAAAUGCAAUUUAGCUUUAUAGCCGUUGAAACCAAAACAGAGUACAGACCCUCUUCGUUAGGCCAAAAGCAGAAAACGGAAUUCUCUAAUCUCUCCCCCAGCUGAAACACGACUUCCUCUCUUCAUCAAAUCGAAAUUCUCAGAUUUCUUUGUACUUCUGUCACCUGUACUCGAACUGGGUUCCGGCGGUGGCGGUUAACGAGGAGGAGGAGAAGGAAAAGAAGGGAUGAAGGGUGUGAAAGGAAGGUUUCUAAAGAAACUGAAAUCUAUUCCUCUUCGACCCAUCACUUCCCUCAAUCCAGGUCGAGUUCUUCAGGCUAAUGGGUUCUUAGAUCCCUUGCCGCACGAUUCCACCAACCGGGUAUUUCAGAAUCCACCGGCUUUUAAAGCACAAGAUCAGAAUACCAACAGCCAUGGAAAUCUCCCCGUGUUGCAGCCUGAUAUCGAUAUUGAGGAAUUGAUGAGAGACCUGGAAGACGAAGAAACUGAAGAAAUGGAGUUGGGCGGCGACGAUGUUGGGAACAAAGAAAACAUCCGGCCCCCCCUAAAGGCCAGGGACCCAUUGCCCGCAAAGGAAAAUUCAGAUUCUCCCUUCUUUUCAGAGUCUGAAAGCUGUAAUCUUCGGAAUGGCCCAUUGGCAGAGCUCGACAUAUCCUCUUUCCGGCGGCCUGACACAGCACCGGCCAAAAACAGUUCAGAGAUUCCCAAUUCUUCAGAGUGUGGAACGUCUAAUCUUUGGCAAGGCUCGUUAACAGAGAUCGACAUCUCGUCUUUCCGACGGCCGGACAUGAAUUCAUGGAGCCUAUUUGAUCCAAACCUGCUAGCGGCCUUCCAGCAGGCAGUGAUGGAGCACAUGAGAGCAAAUGAAGUCGAGAGAAAAGCCAAUAUUGAACAACUGAGCGGAGAGAAAGAAGAGGAACCACCAACCAAAGUUCCUCGGAUAGAGGACAAUCCUCUGCUGGAAUUCGAAGAGAAGUGCCCUCCGGGGGGGAGCGACUCUGUGAUUCUCUACACAACAAAUCUUCGGGGGAUACGAAAGACAUUCGAGGACUGCAGCAGCAUCCGAUUUCUGUUGGGAAGCUUCCGGAUUCUGUUCUACGAGAGGGAUGUGUCGAUGCAUUUGGAGUUCAGGGAGGAACUGUGGAGGAUCUUGGGAGGUAGAGUAGUUCCUCCGAGGCUGUUCAUAAAGGGACGAUACAUCGGGGGAGCUGACGAGGUCGUAAGCUUGCACGAGCAAGGUAAGCUUCGGCAGCUGCUCCAAGGGGUCCCAAUGGAUCACUCCGAUGGCCCCUGCGAGGGUUGUUCUGGGAUACGUUUUGUGCUGUGUUUCAAUUGCUGUGGCAGUUGCAGAGUCAGUCCUGGGACUGAUGGGUCGCCCACCCGAUGCCCAGAAUGCAAUGAGAAUGGAUUGAUUAUCUGCCCUCUAUGCUGCUAAGGAACCCAUAUUGGUUCCGAUUGGAGAUCUCUGAUUCUUUUUUUGUUUACAGAUUAUAUUGGUUUUCUUAUUACAGAUUAUUUUGAUUUUGUGGUGCAUUUGAGUGGAAAUUACAUAAGAUCACUGUUAUUCUAUGUAUCAAUUUGUGAAUAUGGAAAGAUUAUUUUCGAUUA